AGAGCUCUGCUCAUCUUCAGUACACCUUUUUGCAUUCCAUUUAUCAUGCUAUCAUUUUGCCCAUACUGCUCCAACAUGUUGCUUCUAUCGCUGGAGGAUGGUGACUCGAACAAAUUCUAUUGUCCCACAUGUCCUUAUGAGUUCAAAAUUAGUGGUUUCCAGAUGUUCGAUAAAAAGGUGCUUCCUAGAAAAGAAGUGGAUGAUGUUUUGGGUGGUGAAGGUGCUUGGGACAAUGUGGACCAAACUCCAGCGCAGUGCCCUCGAGACUCGUGUGGUGGUGACAAAGCAUACUUCUUCCAGUUACAAAUCAGAUCAGCUGAUGAGCCUAUGACCACUUUCUAUAAAUGUGUGAAAUGCUCUCAUCAAUGGAGAGAAAACUAAAUACAACAGUUUAGCUUUUGCUGGUGCACUUCAAAUGCAUCGAAAAGUACGAGUCUGGGUCCUCCCUUAACUGGCGUGCGAUUCUGUUAAUGUUGGCAUCAUCCAAGUCCUUGGGCUGGCCUGCGUGUUUGCAUGAAACUUCAAUCGAAUCAAAUGAAGAGGUCACAUUGGCCUCGUUCCUAAGGGUGGGUGUUCUAACUGACCGUCCGAACUCAUCGAAAAUCUCAUUCUCAGUUCUGAUUUGGCCCAGAUCGGAAGACGGAAAGCUGAUUGAGACCCGUGUAUAAUAAUCCAAAUCUUCAAUAGACAGAUAAGAAC